AACACUGCUUCCUACGCUCUCCUCUCUCCAAUUCAUAAACAACAGACAAUAUAUCUGUAAAACCAACCCCACUCUUCCCUUUUGCUGACAGAGCGAUUGAUACAUUUUUAUUUUAUUUUUUCCAUUUUUAGCUUUCACAUGGUAAUACACCCGAUUUUGUAGCAAAAAAAAUAUGUAUGAACGAUCAAAGGCUUCAUCCUGAGCGUGUAGGAAAAUGUUGGCCACUGCAUUGCGUUUUUCUUUUGACCUCUCUUCUUUUGUUUCCUUUUCUUUGUUGGGGUCUGGUGUUACAAGCUUUUGCCAUGGAGGUUGCUGGAGAUUCUAAGGCUUCUUCAUCAUGGAAAAUGGCUAAGAAUGUCAGAAAAUUAUUGGAAAAGACCCCAAAAGAUGAGGCUGUUUCUGCUAGAGAUAAAAUAUCAGGUUCUCGGUUUCCUUCCUCUGUUUCUGCCCAAGACUUGAGAUUGUUGGAUAUGAAGAAGGGAAAAGAUGAACACACUCCUAAAGGAAUUCUAGAAUUCUGUGCUGAAAGCUUUGUACCUGAAAUGCAAACUUCCUGUCUUGGUAGCUCAGAAUCCAAAAGGUCAAGAGCACGUUCACACUGGCGUUCAUUUCUCAAUCGGUUCACAAAGAAUUCAGUUAUUCGUUUCCCAUCCUUAACUCCUGUCAUGUCAAAGAGAUCAAGAGGAAAAAGUCAAAGUGCAAGAGAGAAUGUGCUUGCUGUAAAUACUUUCAACAGUUCAUGGAAGAAUUUCAGCUUAGUUGAACUCCAGAAUGCAACAAAGAAUUUUCACCACGAAAAUUUGAUUGGAAAGGGUGGUUAUGCUGAAGUUUAUAAGGGUCGUUUAAAAGAUGGGCAGUUCAUUGCCAUUAAGCGGCUGACUCAAGGAACACCAGAAGAGAGGGUAAUGAGCUUUUUACAUGAGCUUGGCAUCAUAGCUCAUGUAAACCAUCCCAAUACUGCUAAGUUGAUAGGGUAUGGCGUUCAAGGAGGACUGCACCUUGUUCUGCAGUUAUCGCCCCUCGGGAGUUUAGGAUCUCUACUUCAUGUUACAAAGAGUAAACUAGAGUGGAGUAGUAGGUAUAAAAUUGCUUUAGGAACAGCUGAUGGCCUACGGUACCUUCACGAGCAUUGUCAAAGGCGAAUCAUUCAUAGAGAUAUAAAAGCUGAUAACAUUUUGCUCACAGAGGAUUUUGAGCCUCAGAUUUGUGAUUUUGGUCUUGCAAAGUGGCUACCAAAGCAGUGGACGCACUUCAACGUAACAAAGUUUGAAGGCACAUUUGGCUAUUUUGCGCCCGAAUACUUCAUGCAUGGCAUAGUGGAUGAAAAAACGGAUAUAUUUUCUUUUGGGGUGCUACUUUUGGAGCUCAUUACAGGACGCCGAGCUGUGGACCAUAUGAAGCAAAGCCUUGUGGUUUGGGCAAAACCUUUGCUGUACAAAAAUUCUGUUGCAGAACUUGUUGAUCCUGCUCUUGAUGAGUAUGACGAAGAAGAGAUGGAUCGCAUGCUCCUGACUGCCUCUCUGUGCAUUGAGCAGUCUCCAGUUCUACGACCUCGAAUGAAUCAGGUGGUUGUGCUGCUCAGAGGUGAUGAAUACAAGCCAGACGGUGCACAAGAAUCUCAAAACCACAUGCCCAAAAGAACAUACUCCAAUGAAAUCUUGGAUGCAGCAGAAUACAACUCAACCAAGUGUCUGGAUGAACGUCUUGGAGAAGAUCAGUAACCUGUUCUUGGUUCCUAAAUGUGGUGCAAGAAUAUUCAAAUAACAGUAGCUGUAGUUCUGGAGUUUCAGGGUGCAUUAGGAAGAUUAAUGGAGAUGAAACCAUUAAUUCUGAUUUGUUUUGCAUGGAAUUUGGAAGCAGCAGUCCAUCCUUGAACCAUAAAAACCAUGAUACAGAGUGACAUGAAAAUCAAGAUGGAAUGGUUCUGAAUUCCAUGGAAAACAAGAGAGAAUGAUGGAAUUUCCACUUUUCCAGAGGAUGACCAAACACCCUCUCAGCCUUCCCACACCAUGUUGAUAUGGAGUUUAUGGGAGCUUUCUGUAUGUAAUUGAAAAUAACAAGUAGGAGUGCUUCUACUAAAAGAAAUCAUGUGCUUCCUAAAGUGUUAAGCAGAUGUAUAAUUCCUAUAGGAACAUGUUCAGGUAAUAUCACAUUGAUGAUUGAACAAUAGAAAUCUACUUCUAAUUAUUUAUGUUA